UUCAGCCGCCCCAUUCCCUUCACCGUCACGUCCCUCAGCGAUACGUGAGGCGCCCCAGGAUAAAGACUAGUGAGGACACCUGAAGCCGGACAACAUCUGUAUUUUUCCUUUCGCCUCCUGUGCGCCACACCCUGAGACCGAGGCAACACGUGGAGACACAGGCCAGCGCCGCCCAUUCAACAUUGCACACAUUCUUUUCCACCUCACACACGCGAGACAGACGGCACGUGGCUUACGGACAUGGCUGUCCAGAUGUAUUCACCCACACAGCUCCACGGCCAAGGUGUCUUCAAAGGGCUCACCAGCGGAGGGUAAAACCGAGGUCGACAGAAACAAAAGACACGGAGGCCCAGAGCAGCAGAGCAAGGAGUGGCAUUGUGCGCUCCAGGCCUAGUGGGUAACGACCCUGAGGGGACCUUGACGGGGCUGAUGGGGAAGUCAGACCACAUGCAACGUAGAUGUAGUGUUCCUUGAAGCUGCCUGACGUCGAGAUGGUCCUCUCCUCCAAGUCCUACGAUGUAGCAAGCCAACACCGUCACGAGCGUCAGGAGGAGGGCGGCGGGAGGAAGGACGCCCCAAUCCUCACGCCGCGCCUGGAGGAAAGCAAGGUUCCUAUUCCCACCACUACCACCACCACUACCACCACUGCUAUUAACACUGCUGCCUCCGCUGUCUCUCCUGUCCCCACCUUGACCCCCUCGCCUGCUGGGAAGGGCCUCAGUGUGUGCGUGGCCGCCGCUUUCCUGGUAGCGGAGAUGUCAGGCUCAGGUGUGCUGGCCUUGCCUCGCGCCCUGGCCAACACAGGGUGGGCGGGGGUGCCGUUGAUGGUAUUACUGUGCCUGGCGGUGGGGUUCGCGGGCACACGGCUGGGGAUGUGCUGGGUGCUGCUGGAGGAGCGCUGGCCGGAGUACCACAGGCCCUGCCGCCGCCCCUACCCGGCCAUCGCACGCCGCGCCCUGGGCAAGGCAGGAUACGGCGUGGCGGUGGUGGCCCAGACCCUCACAUUGAUGGGCGUAUCCACCGUGGUGCUCAUCCUGGCCGGGGAUCUGCUGGCCUCCCUGACGGCGCCCCUGUUGACCCCCUGCUCCUGUACCGGGGUCGUGGCCUGCCUGCUGACUCCCGCCUCCUGGCUCGCCACUCCUAAGGACUUCUGGGUGGCGUCUGUGGCGGGUGUGAUGGUGACGGUGCUGCAGUGCGUGGUGGUGGUGGUGAUGACAGUGGUGCGGGGUUCAUCAUCUGACACGACCACCAUCACCACCACCACCACCACCACGCAGCCUUCCCUCUCCUCCUUCUUCCUCGGGUUCGGUACCAUUCUCUUCUCCUUCGGCGGCGCCUCCACCUUCCCCACCAUCCAGAACGACAUGGUGGACAGGACGCGCUUCCCCCUCAGCGUCGCCAUGGCCUUUUUCGUGCUCUUCGGCCUGUACUUGCCUGUCGCGGCGGUCGGGUAUGGCGUGCUGGGAGAUACUGUGCCCAACAACAUCCUGCUAGCGGUGUCUGGGGUGGCGGUGACGGUGGUGCGGGUCCUGCUCUUCGUCCAUCUCCUCUUCGCCUUCAUCAUCCUCCUCAAUCCGGUGGCGCAGGGGCUGGAGGACGUCCUUGGAGUGCCUCUGGAGUUCGGGUGGCGGCGGAGCGCGGCCCGGACCUGCCUGGUGGCGGUGGAAGUGCUUGUCAGUCUGGUGUUGCCCGACUUUCAAGCGAUUCUGAACUUGGUGGGAGGCUCAACCAUCGCUAUCAUGUCCUUCGUGUUGCCUCCGCUGUGCUACCUCCGCCUCACCGCCGCCAAGGACCCCGCAGGACUGCCCUUCAGGAAUGUGGGCAUAUGGGAGCGUGUGGUGCUGUGGGGCGUGGUUGUCAUGGGCUUGGCGGGGAGUCUGGUCACCACCUACACAGCCGCCUCGUCGCUCGUGUCCCCAGCUGUCCUGCAGCGCUCCUGUCUCUUUUAGCGGCGUGACCAAUGCGGAACCUCCUGCAGAUUGUGAAGGCCCUCAUGCCGCCACCGUGAUACUGGCGUCCGCCUUUCAGGUUGUCUCGGAAAUAUAUCAUGUGCUAUUCUUUUGCU